AUGCUAAUUAAAUUAAUAAUUAUUGUGCAACUAUUGGCCACUUUUACCGAAGCUGGCAACGGUCCCGUCGGGUAUCAAUUGUAUCGUGAAUCGGCCAGUCGUCUAAGCGAACUGAGACCCGGUGUCCAUACGAAACAGUUUUCCAGUUUCGAUAGACGCGGCCUGAAUGAUGACGGCGGACCGUUUGCCUGUUUGAAACUACUAGUGGCCACUAAUGCCGGCCACUGUAUAAUUGCCGAACAUUUAGGUGCCGGCGAAGUCGAUAGUAUUUGGAUGACCAGAGAUAACGGUGUUUUCAAUAAGACCGGGAAAAUUGUGGUCGAAUUGGACGGCAUUCGGGUUAUUGAUAAUCAUUUACAGGACGUACUCAAUGGCCAACUGGGUCCGCCAUUUGUCUGGCCAUUGGUCGGCAACGGUGACGAUACGUCAGGUGGCGGCGUAAUCAAAGUACCGAUGACUUAUCGCCGGUCGAUGAAGAUUACGGUCGACACUAAUCCCAACUACUAUCACGUAACCUAUCGUACGUUUGCCGACUCGCUGGGCGUCCAAACAUUUGAUCCGCUGGACACUGCCGACGAUAUUAUCGACCAACUCCGAGCCUUCGGUACCCGUAGUCCUGAUAGUAACCGCCGUACGGCCGGCGGCGGCGGCGGCGACGAUAAUCCAAUACUAGUCGCUCAUAAAGUGGUCGAUUUUCGGACGACUGAUACACCGAUUAUAGACUUAGACGGCAUUUCGGGCGAAAUCAGAGAGAUUAGGCUACAGGUGCCCGAACUGGUACGUAGUCCGCGAACCGUUGACGAUGGCCGGGCUUUCGGCGGUCAAAACGGUGGUUCCAGCGAAUUCUAUGCCCGCAUCGACCCGAAAAACUCGGGCGUACGGCUAACCCGUCGACUGGACCCGAGUGUGGCCGCACAAGUGGCCCAGAUCUAUAUCGACGGCCAACCGGCCGGCUAUUGGAACAGUACCGCAAUAACCGGUAUUACCGAAAAUAUGUGGUCAGAGGAAACUGUAGCCAUAGAUCCGAAACUAACCAAAAACAAGACACACCUGAAUAUACGUCAAGUGUUUCAGUCAUCGAAAUUGGAUUUCAAUGAAUUUCGUUACGAAAUCGAUUCGCUGGUCGCCAUCGCCGCCGCCGAUGGCCAGCAAUAUGAAUGGCUCAGAACCGAUGUACUCGAAAUCGGUCCCAAUCAUCCGGGCGACGAAUCUGGCCAUCGUUAUCACAUCGAUGGCCAGACAUGGUCGGGUAGCCGUGUGUUCCGUUACGCGGGUGUCGACUAUCGUAAACGACUAGCAGAUAGUACCGAAUUUUUGGCCUUAUGUCGACUGGUUGGCCAGUUUGAUGGCCACUUGACUAUUGAUACACCUGUUGGUCAAUUUUUCGGCAGUGGUCUAGGUAUGUACGAUACCCGAUCGCUAUGGUUCAGUGUCGAUGCCCGCACGGGUACAUUCCGAUCGUGGUGGCCAAUGCCGUUUGCCACCCGAGCCCGUAUCAGUGUCCAAGUGCCGGCUGCGGCGGCAGCGGCUGCGUUGGCCAACGAUAUCUAUCGACAGUUUCCGAUGACUGCCGAUGUCUACUAUGUUAAAGAUCCGUCAAUUAAGCAAAAGUUUGCCAAAAAUCAGCUUGGUCAUUUUUAUGCUACCUAUCGCAAUGAAACUACCCGGCCAGGUAUCGACUAUAUAUUCCUGAACACUACGGGCAGAGGACAGGUAUACGGUGUCUCCCAUACUAUGCACGGACUCAUCGAAACGGGUAAUUUGCGCGACUAUAUGGAAGGUGACGAACGUAUCUAUUUGGACGGUAAACACACCCCUGAGCUGUACGGUACGGGAACGGAAGAUUUCUACGAAUCGGGUUGGUUUUUCAGGAACGGUAUCACGUUUGACAUGCCAUUGAAUGGCAACUCGGGUUACGAAACUAAAGGAUGCGAUGACUGUCUGAAUGAUUGUACACAAGCCCUGCGUCUAUAUACUGGUGGACUGUCCUUUGAAUCGGGUCUAGUAAUGGGUAUCGAACACGGGCCUAUCGACGACAAUGAACCGGCCGUCUAUCAAUCGGUUGCCUAUUGGUAUGGCCGACCCGAUCAGCCGCCGGCACUCAAAUUAACCGAUUCAGUCGAUCCGACCGAUCAGGAUAGUCGUCAACGUCACCGGUAUGUGGCCAGUGGUAUCGAAACCCGAUAUGAGUUGAACUCAGCCUACGAAGGACAGUCGUAUAAGCAAUUGAUGAAAACAAUGGCCGUUAAUACUGAUAAACCGGUAGAGUUUACCGUAGAUAUAGAUUCUAUGAACAAUGGUGUCCGACUGUUCAGGACAGCUGAUCAACUGAUAGGCUACCAGUGCUCCGAUGUCUACAUUGAUGGCCAAUUAGUUGGCCGAUGGUUACAACCGUUAGGCAAUCAAUGGUCGCGACUGUUGGACGAUAGUUACGACUUGUCGCCGGUUGUUACCCGAAACAAGUCCCGACUGACUGUACGUUUGGUACCCGUGGGUCACGAGUCGGGUCCAGUUGUCCAAUGGUCGGCCAUUCGAUAUAAUAUUAUGUCGAUUGUUAAUUAAUUAAUUAUAAGUUAUAGAUAUUAAUAUACA